ACAAUGAAAAAUAGUGAUGAUCCGGUAACUGGUACACUUCCCAAGCUCAAGAGCUCAAAAGAAUGGUUGGAACCCAAGUCACUUUCUUUUAUGGAGGCCUUAGCUAAAGAAGAUACUGAUGCAGCUAUUCAAUCAAUAUUAUAUAGAGAAAAAUAUGUAAUUAAGGAACUAGAUAAGUAUUUGCAUCACCAUGAAUUCUUAAAUACAAGAAGAAAAGAGAUGUUAUACAAAAAAUGGGUUGACCAUGUGGCAGAUCCUCUCCAGAAGAAAAUUAUAGAAAAAGUUUGUUCACAUAAGAAGAUUAAAGAAAGGAGACAAGAAGAAUUGGAAAAAUUUUUGAAACAUGUAAAUAAAAAGGGAAAUGCAUUUAUACAACAUUAUGAUCCAAAAGAGUAUGACCCUUUUCAUAUGAACAAAGAAGAACCCAAUUUUCUGAAGGUCAUCAUGCCACCAUUUCGUGACCCUUUGAAAAAAGCACAAUAUGACAAGUAUGAUGAAAAAAGAACUCUUCUUCAGUGUGAGACUGGAAAAAUAUAUUCAAUGAAGGAAUUUAAAGAGAUUGAGAAGGCCCAACUACAUACCAGAUUUCCAAGUAUUUCUAAUUCAAGGCACUUUAUAACUCCAAAUGAGUGGCUUAAGGUGCCUACCAGAUACAUAGAAAGUGAAUUUUGUAAAAGGAGCAGGUUAAAGGUGAAGACGAAUUUUAAUGACAGUAGUUUUGAAUUGCAAACUUUGGCUAGAAUCCCUCAUCUGGAAUCCCAAGAGGAAGAGAAGACAGCUAUUUACAAAAACAAAAGUCUGUCCUUUCUGGACAAAGAAGCUGUCUGUUACCAGGAGGAAAAGAAUGCAGAACCCAGAGAGACCCACUCUGAAGGCCUCCUUUCUUCCUUGAACCUCAGCCAGGGGGUAGAAAACAGUGAAGACCAGGAUGUGGUUCUAGCAAUCAAGGAGCACGCGUCCUCAUGAACCGGGGCACGAAAGA